CUUCGUCCCCAAUUCCAAAUCCAGUUGCAUCACGCAAACGGAAACGGAGACGUCGGCCAAAUCAAUGAACAAAUUCAGCACCACUAGUAUUCUUCAGCGUUAGAUUCGUUGCUCCCAUGGACGACAGCGUACCUGAUCACAAGCUCUGCGGCUACCUCUGCGCCAUUCUCUCCGUCCCCGAACCUAUCCCUUCCGGCACUCCCUGCCACCUCCUCACCAACGGCCCAGCAAUCGGCUUCAAGUCUCAAACUGGCGUCAUCCUCUCCCCGCUUCCAGAAGGUGACGUUUCGCUGUCUCCUGAUUACAAUGCGGAGAAUUCUACACCAGGUUCGAUCCGCGGCAGGAAGGCGCCGCGGAAGAAAAUGGCUAAAGGCGGGAAGAAGGGAGGUAAAACGAGGAGGAAGGUUGGGAUGGUGAACGGAAGCCUGAGCGUGGUGCGCCAGAUUCACGCUCUUGUGGCGCACAAGUGCGUGAAGGUCCUUGCACGCGUUCUUCGAGUUGAGAGCGCUGGUAAUGGAGAGACUCGGGCGGUGUUGUUGGUAGAUGUCUACGUGCCGAUCGAGUUGUGGUCGGGUUGGCAGUUCCCGAGGUCUGGAUCCGUUUCUGGUGCGUUUUUCAGGCACUUGAGCUGUGAUUGGGGAAAGAGAAGUUCAAUGCUUGUUAAUAGUGGAGAAAUGGAUAAAGAAGCUCAUGGAAGCAGUAUGGACGCAUGGAAUCUUUCCGAUUGUCAUGUUCUUGGAUGUAAGUUGCAUUAUUAUGGCUCUGACUCUUCAAAUAGAAGGCUAUUUGAGCUUCAUGAAAUUUUUAAGGGCUUACCUAGUGUAACAAAUAAUGGAAGGGCUGAUUCGUCUAGAGUGCAACCAGCUGUCAACACUUUUUUGACUGGAAUCUGGGACUUAGCUGAUGACAUACUGAUUAAUAUUCUAACUGGACUCUCCCCAAUUGAUCUUACCAGGAUGGCAGCAACCUGUCGCCAUUUACGGUCCUUGGCUGCAUUGGUUAUGCCAUGUAUAAAGCUUAAACUGUUUCCUCAUCAGAAAGUAGCGGUUGAGUGGAUGUUAAAACGUGAGAGGAAUACAGAGAUUUUGAUUCAUCCAUUGUACACGGAGUUUACAACGGAAGAUGGGUUUUCCCUUUUUGUGAAUGGUGUUUCGGGGCAUAUUGUUACAGGGAGUGCUCCUACUAUUAGAGAUUUUCGUGGGGGAAUGUUUUGUGAUGAACCCGGCUUAGGUAAAACUAUAACUGCAUUAUCACUUAUUCUGAAGACACAAGGAACAAUGGCUGAUCCGCCAGAGGGAGUUCAAGUAACCUGGUGUAUGCAUAAUGACAUGAGAUGUGGAUAUUAUGAUGUGUUCACCAAUGAUAAAAUGAUGCUGGGAAAGUUUCGUCGGAGUCCAUCAUCUUUGGGUUGGUUCUCUCCCUUAGAUGAUGUAAACCUCUCUCCACCUAAGAGGGCCAGGUUGAUUGAUCCAGAUGAGAGAAGUGCAGAAUUUAAUAAAUCCUCUGGUAAUGGUAUGAAAACACUGUCUACCCCUUGCUCCAAGCCACCAACACUUCAGCACUCAAGGAACUUGAUUCAAAUCAGAAAAAAUCUUCUUUAUUCGUACAAUGACUCAUCUGAUUUUUGUAAAGAAAGAAAGUCAGAAAGAAACAAAAUUGUGAGGAAUGGCUCAAGAGAUGUCUCUGGCAAAAAGCAAGUUGGUUUAUCCUGUAGCGUGGCCAAGAGGGCUGGAAGGGCUACUGCUGGUAGUAUGUGCAAUGACAACUGGGUCCAGUGUGAUGCUUGUCACAAGUGGAGGAAGGUUUCAGACACUACUAGUCUAGCUGGUUCUAAAGCAGCAUGGUUUUGUAGUAUGAACAUUAAUCCUGCAUAUCAGAGAUGUACUGAUCCAGAGGAGGCUUGGGAUAAUAUUGAGGCUGUAACAGACCUACCAGGAUUUUACUCCAAAGGAACUCCCGGAGGAAAGGAGGAAAAUGUUUCAUUUUUUGUCACUGUUCUCAAGGAACACUAUGCAGCAAUAAAUUCCAGAUCACUCAAAGCCUUAGUUUGGCUGGCUCAACUUUCCCCAGAGAGGCUUUCGCAAAUGGAAACUGUUGGUUUGCUGAGUCCAGUCUUAGGUUGUUUUGUUGAUGAAGAUGCCCUUGAAUUCCAGAAGAUAUUUCAAGCUUUUGGUCUUGUAAAGAGAGUGGAAAAGGGUGUUAGUAGGUGGUAUUACCCAUCAACUCUUCAUAACUUGGCUUUUGAUCUGGCUGCUCUAAGAAUUGCUCUUUAUGAGCCGUUAGAUUCUGUCAGGUUAUAUUUAUCACGAGCAACUUUAAUUGUUGUUCCAGCAAACUUGGUUGACCACUGGAAAACUCAAAUCCAGAAACAUGUGAGACCUGGUCAGCUGCGGCUUUAUGUAUGGGUUGAUCAUAGAAGGCCUCCUGUUCACAGCCUGGCUUGGGAUUACGACAUUGUUAUCACUACCUUCAACCGUUUGAGUGUAGAGUGGGGCCCCCAUAAGAAGAGUGCACUGAUGCAAGUGCAUUGGCUUAGGGUCAUGUUAGAUGAAGGGCACACCCUUGGCUCCAGCUUUAGUUUGACAAAUAAGUUGCAGAUGGCUAUUUCAUUGGUGGCUUCAAAUCGUUGGUUAUUAACAGGAACACCAACUCCUAACACACCCAACAGUCAACUGUCACAUCUUCAACCACUGCUUAAGUUCCUUCAUGAGGAAGCUUAUGGGCAAAAUCAUAAAUCAUGGGAAGCUGGUAUUCUUAGACCAUUUGAGGCAGAGAUGGAAGAGGGUCGUUCACGUUUGUUGCAGUUGCUCCAUAGAUGCAUGAUUAGUGCAAGAAAGAUAGAUUUGCAGACAAUACCUCCAUGCAUAAAAAAAGUUACAUUUCUCAAUUUCACCAAAGAGCAUGCGAAAAGUUAUAAUGAACUGGUAGUUACAGUGAGGCGCAAUAUACUAAUGGCUGACUGGAAUGAUCCUUCACAUGUUGAAAGUUUGCUGAACCCAAAGCAGUGGAAGUUUCGAAGCACAACAAUUAGAAAUGUCAGGCUAUCUUGCUGUGUGGCUGGCCAUAUAAAAGUAGCGGAAGCUGGCGAAGAUAUUCAAGAAACAAUGGAUAUGUUAGCUGGAAAUGGUCUGGAUCCUGCUUCAGAAGAGUAUGCUUUUAUAAAAUAUAACAUCCUUUAUGGUGGUAACUGCCUCAGAUGCAACGAAUGGUGUCGACUACCAAUCAUUACACCAUGUAGGCAUCUCUUGUGCCUUGAUUGUGUUGCUUUGGAUAGUGAAAUGUGUACUUUUCCUGGAUGUGGUAAUUUAUAUGAGAUGCAGACUCCUGAAACAUUAGCCAGGCCUGAAAAUCCAAACCCAAAGUGGCCUGUUCCGAAGGAUCUUAUUGAAUUACAACCUUCAUAUAAACAGGAUAACUGGAAUCCUGAUUGGCAAUCGACAUCAAGCAGUAAAGUUAGUUAUCUUAUAGAGAGGUUAAAAGCCUUGCAGGAGGCUAAUAGCAAGGUUCUGUGCUCAAUGGUUGAAGACAAUGAAGCCACACACUUUGAUAAGUUACUUUGUCCCUCUCAAAGGAAUGAUACAAGCUUGGUUUUGCUGCAAAACUGCCCUGGAAUGGGCAGUGAAUCUAACAAUACACUUCCAGAGAAAGUUAUAAUAUUUUCUCAAUUUCUUGAACAUAUACAUGUUAUUGAACAGCAGUUGACAUUUGCUGGUGUAAAGUUUGCUGGAAUGUAUAGUCCAAUGCAUUCUAGCAACAAGAUGAAGUCCCUUGCUAUGUUCCAGCAUGAUGUUAACUGCUUGGCUCUUUUGAUGGAUGGAACUGCUGCAUUGGGCCUUGAUUUGAGCUUUGUGACUCAUGUCUUUUUAAUGGAGCCCAUCUGGGAUAGAAGUAUGGAGGAACAAGUCAUUAGCCGAGCUCAUCGGAUGGGUGCCACUCGUCCGAUUCAUGUCGAGACUCUAGCAAUGCAUGGCACAAUUGAAGAGCAAAUGUUGCAAUUCUUACAAGAUGCGGAUGCAUGUAGAAAACUUUUGAAAGAGGAGUCUCAAAAUCCUGAUCGUGAAGGAGCACGAAUUUGUCGGACAUUACAUGAUUUUGCUGAGAACAAUUAUUUAUCUCGGCUUAGCUUUGUGCGGACCAAUAAUUCUAAAGCAUAAAGGUUUGUGCUUUUUUUAUUAUUGCUGAAAGUUUCACUUAUUGAUAUCUCUUUUACCAAAUAUGGUAAUUAUUUCCCUUGUUCUUUAUUGAUUCAAAUUGUUGUAAAAUGAAAUAAUUUAGGAACUCGACUAUGCAGACCUGUCAUUCUCACAUCACAGCAUCCUGCAUCCUCUAAAGAUGCAUUACCAUGUUUCAGAGAUUGCUCUAAUUGUGAUUAAUGUCCAAUGCUUUUCUUCGAAACGGUUUUUGGAAACUUUAACCGGUCUCUUGUAAAAUUUAGUUGUCUUUAAGCUGCUCAAAAGUUACUUUAAAAAUGAAUUUUUGAAUUCUUA